UUUGCAAAGCAGGAAACACUGCAGAAUAAUUGCUCACAGUGACUCUACAGUUACCAGAUGCUCUCCCAAAGCAAGAAAAAAAGGUUAGAAGUUAAAACAAAGACAAUAAGGUCUGGAAAGAAGUAGCAUAAACAAGGAAUGGAGAAAACAUUCAGCCAGUGUUAAUAUUUGAUUAUCUCCCCCGGAAGGGGAAAAGAAUUCUCCAAUAGAGCAGGAGCGGAGGGGCGGAACGAUUGAGAGGCACUUUGUGUUCUGGAGAGAACAAAUUGUGGACGGCUCGGCAGCCCCAACGAGAAGCCAGGCAGUUAGUGAGAACGAGCCAGCUGAGAACAUUCCUCCUGAUGGCGGAGUUGGAAAAGUUGGCAGAUGAUCUCCUUGCUCAGCCCUGGAGUCCUGUACACAUUGGUGACUCUCCCUUUCUGCUAAAGGCCACUUUUGGUGAAGUGACCUACAGGCUGAUGCUCUCUGAUCUCAACAGCGUCUGGUGGGAAGAAGUAAAUUCGGACGAACUCAAACAAAGAGCACAGGAACUGAACAAGCGCCUAAGGGCACCAGUGUCCGCCUUCUGCCGCCACCUCUCUGGGUUGCUGGAGCCUUUUCUACAAACGGAGGGCACUAAAUUACCUCCUGGCUUCACGAGUGAACAGACCUGCAGUCAGCUCACUGUCAGUUUGAGGAGUGAGCUCUCUGGAGUCCCUUUCUACUGGGCAUUCCGCUGCACUGAAGCUCCUCUGAGCAUGGUAUCCCGCCACAUGAUCUGCCCGUUGCUGAACAUGAUGCAGGCACUGCACAGGCAGACUUGGGACCUGAUGCUGCUCUUGAAGAGAAAAGAUGCAGAGAUUCUUGACUACAAGGAGAGUGGUGCAAUGCUGAGUAGAGAUCGCUUGUCAACGGAUAUUUUCAAUGCAGAAGAGUUUAAGGAAAGGUUUCUCACAGAGAGUUUGUCUGAGGCCAUUGAUGUGCACAGUGGAAGGGUGUUUAACCCCGAGCUUCAACGUCUCUACAGAACAAUAAUAGCAGUCAAAGCAAAUCGGAAAAGAAGACACAGUUCUGAGAAGGACGAUGGUGGGGAUCCUCAGCCCGGUCUUGCAGAAGCACAGGCAGAGGCAGUGAGUGAAACAAAGGCAGAGGAGGUCACUGCAGCAGCUGCAGAGGGCCCAGAGGUUAAAAAGCAGGUGCCUCGAAGGCGUCUUCCUCCAGCAGCCCUGAGCAAUUCAAAUCGAAACACCCUGAAGCAGAAGAAGAAAAAGAAAGGAAUUUUUGGUUGAUUUUUUUUAAUAAUGGGUAAUGUUUUUAAGCCAGGAAGCAAUUGUGCCCUCUAUCCCAUUUCCUUUUUUACCUGAAGACCACACUGCGAUGUGACCACUAGUGGCGGCAAUGGAGUUGGAAGUGACCUCGCUCCAAAGACACUCUCUCCCUUUUUACAUCAGAAGUCAAUAUCCAGGGAUUUCCAAGGUUCCUAACGUAUCAGCAUCUUAAAUAGGGAAUCUAGAAUGUCUCCAUAUCCCACAGGAGCUGGGAGCCUUCCAGAGACCCACAAUGACCUAAGUUAUGCAGAGGAAGGGUCGAACUCUCCCGCUCAAUUCUUCUUUUGGUGGGAGGGGGUUGGGAUUGUUGUAUGACCGUGGUUGCCAUGAUGAUUAUUUCUAAAGUGGCCAGAAGAUUUUGUUUUUAACUUUCUACAAUAAUAUCUAUGGGGCAACAGAUUUAUUUACCUGAAGACAGUGGUGGAGUAGAGCCAGCUGAUCUGACGGGGAGGUUAAGCACUGUGCAGCAGGUCACAUCUCGCCUUUUGGGAUCCAGUGUGACUGCAGCAGGCUAGCUGAACAGCUCAGUUCUUCAGGUGAGAUCUAGGUGAAAUGAUGGUGUCACUGACUCUUUCCUUGCAAUUUUCUGGCUUUGCAAAGCGCAAACAUUGUACCAAAAAAUUACCUGAGAACCCACAGGCAACAGUGUUAUCAAAUGGAAUUUACUGUAUGUGACUAUCAGUCUGUUCCUUGGUCUCUCUCAUAGUUUUAAAUUUGUUUAUCAAUUCCUUCUCCGACUAUUUUUUAUCUUAAUUUGUUUCCCUGUCAUUCACACCGCUCUUAUUUACAUGAAUUUUUAAUCUCAUUUUUAUCUUUUCCCCCCUCACGCUCUGCACCAUUCAUUUCUAAUAAAUUUUUAACAUUCUAUUUUCUCUUCUUUAUAUCCUAUUUCUUUCUUUACCCCUUCACUUUUCUGCCAUUCAUUUCUGCCUUGAUGUCCAUCCUGUCUUGCAUCCUCUCCUGGUUUUUCUUCUGUUUGCUGUUAACUCUCUUUUGUUCCACAGUUCAUUGCCUGGGCCCCAAACCCCUUUUCCUCAAGAGCAGUGCACCUGAAUUUUUAAGAAUCAGAGUUAUUUCUUUUAAUGUUAGUGAUGAACAUUCUUGUUCAGUGCGCAUCAGUGUUGGUACUUCUUUAAGAGGCAGUACACUGUAGUUUUAAGAAUAAGCACAAACUACAAAAAUAUUCAUAUUUUUAAACAGAAAAAUCACUUUUAAUGUUAGCGAUGAAUAUCUGCUCAGUGUAGGUCAGAGUGUAGAUUCUUUAAGAGCUUUCAGAUCUAUUAAUUUGGAGAUUUGGUAUUUUAACAACAAUAUAUCAUUUCUUUUUAAACUCCCACAGCUUCAGAGGUUGCUGGCACUUUUUAAUUUAAUAACUGCAUAAUCGCUUUUUUUUGCAUUUGCCAUUUGAUUUUCUCUUUGCCCCUUUCCCUCCCUCCUUUCUUUAUCCGGUUAGACAACAAAAAUUUAUGGUCAGUACUCCAAAGUAAAACCAAACAGUUGCAAAUUAACAGUGUACCAGCAAUAGUAACUACUUUGUCUAAUUAAUUAAAGGCUCCAUGAGCUUGCCAAAUUGAGGACAACAGAUGGUAUGAAUUUGGCAUGCAGCCGCCAUUGGUUUCCUUUGCACAAGGCUGAUUUUAUACUAAAAAAACACUGCGAGCUGAUUGUGGCUUCAAAAAAAAAAAAGCUUGGCUGACGCUCGGCUUCAUUCCGUUUUCCUUUUAAAAUUAAAUAACCACUGCUCCAACCAAAAGUGACUUUUUUUUUAAAAAAAACAGGGAAUUCCCCCCUCCCCACUUACCACCCCAACUUUCCUUACUCAUUAAGCCUGUCCGUGUUGUCACGAUGCAGUAACGUUAAAAUCUUCCAGGCUGUCAGGCUCUGCAGAGCAAGCAAUGUCCCAUUCGCACUACAGAGUGUCACAGCCCAUAAAACUCUGCUGUUUGGGUUUCUUGCUAGUACCUCCUUAUUUUUAUAUAUUAGUACAAGCAUUUCUUUUACAUUUUAAAACCGAUAUGAAAAUAAAGCUGUUUAAUGUUACUUCAAAGAACUCUAUUUGGUGUUUAAGUAUGGGUAUUAACUUUUCCUUCCGCGUGCUGAUUAGAAUUUGUGAGAGUAGUCCUAUCAUCGACUUCCAGACACGGCGUCCACCUCGCCUCCUCAUUGACCACUCUCUGCCCCUGAAUAUUGUUCCCAGCUGCAGUUAAUGCGAUAGAAUACCACAGCACAGAAACAGGCAUUCUGCCCAUCUAGUACAUGCCAAACUUCUAUUCUCCCCAGUCCCAUCGACCAACACCUGGACCAUAGCCCUCCAUAACCCUCCCAUCCUUAUACUUAGCUAAACUUCUCUUAAAUGUUACAAUCGGCCCUGCAUCCACCACUGCCACUGGCAGCUCAUUCCAGACUCUCACCACCCUCUGAGUGAGGAGUUGCUCCUGGGGUUCCCUUUAAAUAUUUCACCCUUAAUCUCUGACUUCUCACCCAGAGGAAAAUGCCUCAUAAAUUUAUAUACCUCUAUCAAAUCUCCCCCCAUUCUCCUAUGCUCCAGGGAAUAAAGUCCUAACCUAUUCAACCUUUCUCUAUAACUCAGGUUCUCAAGGCCCAGCAACAUCUUCAUAUCUUUUCAAUGUCCUCUUUCAAUGUUAUUGACAUCUCUCCUAUAGGUAGAUGACCAGACCUAUGCACAAUACUCCAAAUUUGACGUCACCGAUGUCUUAUACAACUUCAACAGAACAUCCCAACUCCUGUACGCAAUACUUUGACUUACGAAGGCCAGUGUGCCAAAAGCUGUCUUUUUGACCCUAUCUACUUGUGACACCACCUUCAAGGAAUUACGGAUCUGUAUUCCCAGAUCCCUCUGUUCUUCUGCACUCCUCGCUUCCCUACCAUUGAUUGUGUAAGUUCUAUCCCAGUUUGUCCUCCCAAACUGCAACACCUCACACUUGUCUGCAUUAAAUUACCUUUACCGUUUUUCAGCCCAUUGGUCCCGAUCAACUGAUUAUGUUCUGCCCGAUGUGAACAUGUUUGUCCAAAGAUCCAAUGCCCUGACUGAACCUAUUCCAAGUUUCAUGAACCCACUAUAAGGCCAUAAAGUUAUGAGACAUAGGUCAUUUGGCCCGUUGAGUCUGCUCUGCCAUGCCAUCCCUCUCAACCCCAUUCUCCUGGCUUCUGGUAACUUCCAGCACCUUUAUAAAUCAAGAACCCACACACUUGGAGCUAUAGUUGCUGCUGUUCCUUUGUUUGAAUGCCCUGAUGCAGGGUUUUCAUCCUGAUCCCUUUGUUCUAACAGCUCCUCUAUCCCCACCCUCAAGUCCGCGACAAAGAGCUGUCAGCAACGAGGUGCUUCUGUUCCUGGGGAAGGAGAGCCCUCAGUCGCAGGUCAGAUGCCGCCUCACUGUCUGGUCUCCUGAUGAAAACGCCCACCCACCCUACCACAACAGCUUGGUAUAAUUUCUGUGGUUUAGCCAACAAGCGUUUGCCUAAUUAGUACCAAUUGAGGCAGGAGGCAAGGGGGAGCCCAUUGGGAAUUGGAGGCCAUCUACGGUAAGGAGGCUUCAGCUGUCAAAGGGCGGAGGUGGUCAGCCUGUACUCCUGUGCUGUCUAAAUUGGAUUCAUUCCCAGAUGUAUUAUGUUCCAUACAUUGUUCCUUCUCUCCCUCCAGGGACCCCUUUCAUUUCUCUGAAUGCAACAGCCUGCUAUUUCAGUUCUGACAGAAGACUUGCAUGAUCGUGUUAGUUUUGGACCCUACCCAGUGACUGUGUACACCAUGGCACAAGACCAUAUAGAUUCUUAACAUCUCACCUUAAGACUUUGAAUAUUUUCCAGUGUUACAGAAAUGGAAGAGAGCAAAGGAUAAGUGAACACAGCCAGGAUUCCCACUCCCAAUCAGUAGCCAAUUCAAUUCAUGCUCUUAGGUGACCAUAAAGCAGAAUUAGGCCAUUUGGCCCAUCGAGGCUGCUCUGCUAUUCAAUCAUAGCUGAUCUAUUUUCAUACUCAAUCCGGUUCUCCUGGCUCCUCCUGACAACUUUUAGUGCUGUUACUAGUCAAGAACCUAUCAACCUCCGCUAUAAAUAUAUAUACUGAGUUGUCCUCCAUAGCCAUCUGUGGCCGUGAAUUUCCAGAUUCACCACUCUCUGGCUAAAGAAAUUCCUCCUCAUCUCUGUUCAAAAGGGAUGGCCUUCUUUUCUAAAGCUGUGCCCUUUGGUCCUAGACUCCACCACUAUUGGAAAUAUCCUCUCCACAUUCAUCCUAUCUAGACCUUUCAAUAUGCUAUAGGUUUCAAUGAGAACCCCCCCCCCCCCCCCCCAACCAUUCUUCUAAACUCCAGCGAGUACAGGCCCAGAGCCACCAUACAUUAACCAGUACAUUCUUCGUGGAAUGAUUUUCAUGAACCUAAAGUCUUAUAACUGUAGGGAAAACUAUAGGGAUUCUGUCCAUGAUCAGGGCAUCCACUCUGACUUUGGUCAGAAGUUAGUAAAUCAGUUUAUUGUACUGAGGCCAUCCAUACAAAUCAUUUCAUUAGAUUCAGAUUUGGAUCUCAAUCCACCACUAAAAGCUGGAUUUCCCAUUGCCAUUCUAACAUGAUGGCAUGAACAUCGAUUUCUCUAACUUCUGGUAAUUUCUCCCCAAUCCUCAACCUGUCUCCCCUCUUACCCUUUCUCUUCACCUACCUAUAACCUCCCACUGGUACCCCUCCUCCUUUUCUUUCUCCCAUGUUCCACUCUACUAUCAGAUUCCUUGUUCUUCAGCCUUUUACCUCUACCACCUUUCUGCUCCCAACUUCUUACUCAGGAGGUAAACUGGUAAUUCAGUUCAUUAUUGUUACAUCAUAUACAGUGAAACAUAUGCCAUCCAUAUGGAUCAUUUUAUCACAUCAGUGCGUUGACAGGGAAGACAAUAACAAAGUGUUACACAGAAAGUGCAGUGCAAGCAGACAAUAGGGUGUAUAAUCACCACAGGGUAGAUUGUGAGGUUAAGAAUCCAUUUUAUUGUACUAGGAGCCAUUCAAUAAUCUUAUAAGUGGGAUAGAAGCCAUCCUUGAGCCUGGUGGUUUGUACUUUCAGGGUUUUGUAUCAUCUGCCUGAUGGAAGAGGAGAGAAGAGAGAAUAUCCGGUGUGGGCGGAGUCUUUGAUUAUGCUGGCUGCUUUACUGAGCCAGUGAGAUGCAGAGAGUAUGGAGGAGAGACUGGCUCCUGUGACGUGCUGAGCUUUCUCCACAGCUCUCUGCACUUGUUUGCGAUCACGUGCAGUUAGGAUGUUUUCCGUGGUGUGUCAAUACAAAUUGGUGACAGUCAAAAGCAAUAUGCCAAAUUUCCUCAGCCUCCUGAGGAAGUAGAGGCAUUGGUUUGUUUUCUGGCCAUUCUUAGUGAUGUUCACCCAGACGAACUUGAAGACCAUUAGACAUAGGAGCAGAAUUAUACCAGUUGGCCCAUCGAGUCUGCUCCGCCAUUUCAUUAUGGCUGAUCCAUUUCCACUCUCAGUCCCAAUCUCCUUCAGCCAUUUACCUCUGCCACCUCUCCCCUCCCAGCUUCUCACCCACCGUCCUCCACCCACCCACCUUUAUUCCUUGGAGCACAGGAGAAUGAAGUCCUAUUCAAACUUCAUAAAUCAAGUCCCAGCAACAUCAUAGUAAAUUUUCUCUGUACUCUUUCAAUCUUAUUGAUAACUUUCCUGCAGGUAGGUGACCAGUCUGCACACAGUACUCUAAAUUUGACCUCACCAAUGGCUUAUACAACUUCAAUGUAACAUUCUAACUCUUAGGGCAGAGGCAGCAAGAAGUGUAGACCGAGUCCAUGGAAGGGAGGCUGGGUUCCACAACUCUAAAACUCUGUACAGUCUUGGGAAGAGCAGUUUCCAUAUCAAACUGUGAUGCAUCUAUAAAAUUUGGUGAGUGUCGAUAGUGACAUGCAAAAUUUCAUAGAAACAUAGAAAACCUACAGCACUAUACAGGCUGUUUGGCCCACAAAGCUGUGCCGAACAUGUCCUUACCUUAGAAAUUACCUAGGGUUACCCAUAGCCCUAGGUAAUUUUUCUGAGCUCCAUGUACCUGUCCAGCAGUCUCUUAAAAGACCCCAUCGUAUACGCCUCCACCACCAUCACCAGCAGCCCAUUCCACGCAUUCACCACUCUCUGCAUUGAAAAACUUACCCUUGACAUCUCCUCUGUACCUACUUCCAAGCACCUUAAAACUGUGCCCUCUCAUGCUAGCUAUUUCAGCUGUGGGAAAAAGCCUCUGACUAUCCACACAAUCAAUGCCUCUCAUCUUAUACACCUCUAUCAGGUCACUUCUCAUCCUCCAUCGUUCCAAGGAAAAAAGGUUGAGUUCACUCAUAACGCAUGCUCCCCAAUCCAGGCAACAUCCUUGUAAAUCUCCUCUGCGCCCUUUCUAUGGUUUCCACAUCUUUCCUAUAGUGAGGCGACCAGAACUGAGCACAGUACUCCAAGUGGGGUCUGACCAGGGUCCUAUAUAGCUGCAACAUUACCUCUCAUUGUCUUUCCUUAGCCUACGGGGGAAGUAGAGGCACUUUUGCGGUUUCUGAGCCAUGUUAUCUUCAUGGUUGGACCAGGGCAAGCCAUUGGUGCUGCUUACACCAAAGAACCUGAAGUUAUCAACUCUCUCUACCUUGGGACCAACCUCACUUCCUGAAGUCAAGGACUUGUUUUGCUGUCUGCCCUCUGAAACUAUGGAUGGACAGCAAGUGUAGGCCUUCCCAGAAUCCAUGAAAAUUGAAAAUUAUCCAGAGUGCAGCGGGCAGACAUUCGCACAAAAGAGGAGAGAAAACUGAUGAAAUCUCCAGUUAUACUCUUAGACCACGCAUACAUGGUUGGGGAGGUCCACUGAACAAGUUAACAGAAGAUUUGGGGUGACAUGGUAACAUCACAUUGCAUAAUAAUUUUAGCGCCUGCAAACAGAUUCUAUUCCCACUGCUAUCUGCAAGGAGAUUGUACAUUGUUCCUGUGUGGGGUUUCUCUGAUGCUCCAGUUCCCUGCCACAUACCAAAGACGUAUGGGUUGGUGACGGAAGCUCCCUGUACCUGCUGAGACUGUGCUGGUUGUUCAUGUGAACAACGUAUUUCACUGUAUGUUUUGAUGUCUCGAUGUAUGUGACAAAUAAAGCUAAUCAUUCUUUAGAAAUAUCAGAGGAAUCACACCCUGCAAAGACAAAGCAUUUCUUGACAGAAGGAAAACAAGGUAACAAACUAUAUCAGCAAUGUUUGCAAAACAACUAUAGAAAGAAAUAAAAAUACUUCUCUGCAGUGACUUUUGUAACAGGAUUCUCAAUUGCUUUCUGACCAACAAACUUAGCAAAGACAAAAUCAGAGUUGAGUUUAUUGUCAUCUACACACGUACAUGUAUGCACAGGUACAAUGAAAAGUUACUAGCAGAAGCACAGAGCGUGAUCAGAAUCAGGUUUAUUAUCACUGACAUAGAUCAUGAAAUUUGCUGUUUUGUGGCAGUGAUAUAUAAGAAACUAUUAAGUUACAGUAUAAAAAAA